AUGCUGCCCGCUUUCGCCUGCCUCGCCAUCGCAACUCGCGCGGCACGGCCGCUUACGAUCUCGCCGCAAGCGCGUGCGCCGGCCGCGGCGUGCAGCGCGACCUUCACCUUGACCGAUCCAGCAUUCGCACUGCGGCGCUACCUCCAACUUCGCGCCGUGCUGGCUGGCGCUCCGAUGGCCGACAGCACGGUCGAGUCGCUCGUCUGCCGCAUCGAGGAGGCGACUGGGCCCACGCCGUUUGAUGAGCGCAAGAUCUGGGGUGACUGGCAGCUCUGCUGGCAAAAGAACAGCCGCGAGGCGGCGGCGUCGCAAAAGGCGCUGGCGCCGCUGCCGCAGUACUCAAACUUCAUGCUCGACGAGUCCGGAGUUAAGGUCUUCCGCAACAUUGUCGCGCUCACCAAGCGACUGCGCGUGGUGGCGGACGUCGAGUACACUGCCCCAGAGGCAGACUGCGGGACGCCGGGACGGCUGGGAAGCGUCAUCCGGCGCGCGACGCUCGAGCUCCGCGUCGGUCAGCGCUGGGGCUGGCGGCCGAUAGGCCUCCCGCUGCCGCUCCGCGGAGAGGGCUGGCUCGAGGUGGUCUACCUCUCUGACGGCAUGCGCAUCACGCGAGGGAACCGCGGCGGCGUCUUUGUACACCUGCGGCCCGAGCUGCUCACGGAGCGAGCGGCGUGGCCGGCGGUCGGAGGCGGCAGCGGGACACACAGGAUGGCGGGCCGGAGGUGA